CUGAUAGUUGUACUGCAAGUUUUGAACACGUGGCUCACCGUCUUCCAUGUCAUUUCGCACCUAACACCUACAUUAGCAGGUAUUAAUAAACUUCAUUUAGAGCAGAGAAAGUCAGGCAGUCUUGAGAGUUGAGACGCAGACAAUGAGAUGGGAAAGAGCAUAGGUGAAGUGGGCUUAGAAGAUUUGUGCACGGCAGGUGGGUCGAGCAUAAGCAUAGAGGAAGCCACCGAGAUUUUUCAAGUCAUAAGAGAAGCCAUAGCUAUAGCCAUAGCAGGAACCGUAGGGUCUGACCCUGACCCAAGACAGGUUUGGAAACAUGUGGUAGAUAGGGGAGGGUUAAAGCCAUGGCACUCUCAUCAGCUACAUCAGUUGGUCUACUACUCUGUCUAUGCCAACUGGGAUGCCUCCACCAAUGGCCCUCCUCUUUACUGGUUCCCUUCUCUAUGCGAGUCUAAAUUUACAAACCUGGGACGUAUAAUGGAGGUUCAUGGUCCAAAGCUUUUAGGGACUUCAUACAAGGACCCUAUUGCAAGUUUUAGCCUCUUUCAGAAAUUCUCUGUCCAGCAUCCCGAGACUUAUUGGUCUAUCGUUCUAAAAGAACUUUCGGUUGUGUUUCGUGAAUCCCCAAGUUGCAUUCUAGAUAAAAGUAACAAAUUGAAACCCAGUGGGACAUGGCUUCCUGGUGCAGUUUUGAAUAUAGCUGAAUGUUGUUUAUUGUCCUCUACCCAUCCUAGAAAAGAGGAAAAUAGUUGUGCUCUUGUAUGGAGAGAAGAAGGCUGUGAUGAUUUGGAUGUGAAUCGCAUUACGUUAAAAGAACUUCGCGAACAAGUCAUGAUGGUUGCAAAUGCACUAGAUGCCACUUUUUCAAAAGGUGAUGCAAUUGCCAUUGACAUGCCAAUGACAGUCAGUGCCGUUGUUAUAUAUCUGGCAAUUAUAUUAGCUGGAUUUGUUGUUGUAUCCAUAGCUGACAGUUUUGCGGCGAAGGAAAUUGCAACGCGUUUGCGUGUCUCUAAUGCGAAGGCUAUCUUCACUCAGGAUUUUAUACUGAGAGGAGGUCGAAGGGUUCCUCUAUACAGUCGUGUUGUGGAAGCUGAUCCAUUUAAAGCUAUCGUGCUCCCUGUGACUGGGAAUAAUCUAGGCAUUAAAUUAAGAAAACAGGAUCUAUCAUGGAAAGAAUUCCUUUCCAGUGUCAAUCAACAUCAAAGAUCCAAUCAUUACCAUCCAAUUUAUCGACCGAUUGACUCUACCAUCAAUAUUCUUUUUUCCUCUGGAACCACAGGAGAACCCAAAGCCAUUCCAUGGACACAACUUUCCCCAAUUCGAUGCUCUGCUGAUGGGUGGGCUCACAAUGAUAUUCGAGCUGGGGAUGUUUACUGCUGGCCCACAAAUCUAGGAUGGGUGAUGGGGCCUGUUCUGCUCUUCACAUGCUUUUUAAAUGGUGCAACACUAGCUCUGUAUCAUGGAUCUCCUUUGGGCCGUGGUUUUGGAAAAUUUAUUCAGGAUGCUGGAGUGACUGUUUUGGGCACAGUUCCAAGCUUGGUGAAAACUUGGAAAAGUACGAACUGUUUGGAAGGUUUGGACUGGACAAAAAUAAAAUGCUUUGCUACUACUGGAGAAGCCUCCAAUGUUGAUGAUGACCUUUGGCUUUCUUCCAAAUCUUGCUACAAGCCCGUUCUUGAAAGUUGUGGAGGCACAGAGCUUUCAUCGGCAUAUAUUCAAGGAAGCCUGCUGCAGCCACAAGCUUUUGGAACCUUUAGCACUGCAGCAAUGACGGCAGGCUUUGUCAUCUUGGAUGAACAUGGAGAUUCUUAUCUGGAUGAUGAAGCUUGUGUUGGUGAAGUGGGUUUACUCCCUCUCUACCUCGGAGCAAGUGAUAAAUUGCUUAAUGCUGAUCAUGAGAAAGUCUAUUUUGAGGGAAUGCCAAUGCAUAAUGGAAUGCGCUUGAGGAGGCAUGGGGAUGUCCUUAAAAGAACUGUUGGUGGCUAUUUAAUUGUACAGGGCAGGGCCGAUGACACCAUGAAUCUUGGUGGCAUAAAGACAAGUUCUGUUGAAAUUGAGCGUGUCUGCGACCAAGCUGAUGAAAGCAUCUUGGAGACUGCUGCCAUCAGUGUAGCACCACCAGAUGGUGGUCCAGAACAGUUGAUAAUAUUUGUGGUGCUAAAGCAAGGAUAUAAUCAUCAGCCAGAGAAGUUGAAGAUGGUAUUCUCAAAAGCUAUUCAGAGCAACCUCAAUCCUUUGUUUAAGGUGAGCUUUGUUAAGAUAGUUCCGGAGUUUCCCCGAACGGCUUCAAACAAAUUACUGAGAAGAGUUUUGAGGGAUCAAGUAAAGCAGGAGCUGUCAACUAGAAGUAGAAUAUAAUGGCAAUUGAGGUCGUUAUUACUGAACCAAACAAAAUAUUUAUAUAAUUUUCUUAACUAUCUAUUGAGGUGAAGUUAUUGAGUACGAGAUAAUAUCAGCAUUGGUCCUUUCCGUUUGUUGGGGGAAAUUAUGCACUCUGAUGGUGCUCCAUGUAAGUCUUAUUCAGGGUCACCAUUUUCCACCUCUGCUAGCUGCAUCAAGCGCAUCACUCACCUGCAUCUACAUAUGCAAGCUUUUCUUGUAUGACAAUCAAAUCAUUAAGCUUUCCAUAGUUUGUUUCUAAUUUGGAAUAUUUACGUUAAAGUGAUGUUAUCUCCCAUAUAUUAAGUAUUGUGUUUUUUAUGAUUUUAUAUUCAAAUUAAAUCUUUUUAUUUAUUGUUGAUUGAUUUUAGGUUAGAUGCUUAAUAUGAUAUAAAAACUCAGAUUUUGUUUCAUUAUUCUUUCCUCUCUUUCAGGCUUGUUAAAAUGAUGUUAUCUCAUAUGAUAAGUAUUUUUUUUUAUUGUGGUCUUAUAAUCAAGAGUUGAGUUUGGAUUUUAGUCAAUAUUUUGAAAAUAAGGGGGCUUGAGAAUUCAAUCAGAAUACUCACAGUUUG